CUUACGCGGAGCCGGGAGUGGAACGUCACCUAUGUGCAUGCAUCUGUGCGUAAGGGAAAUGGAUAGACGUGGACAUGGAUCUCCCCGUAAAGUAAAUUGUUUCUGGUUGUUGUGAUUACUAGAGUCAUGAUGACUGGAAUAGAAUCAGAAUUUGUGUCUCCUCCGGAGGCUCCCAUAUUCGAGCCGACGCCCGAAGAAUUCAAAGAUCCGCUGGCAUACAUUGCGAAAAUCCGACCCGUUGCUGAACAGACUGGGAUUUGCAAAAUAAGGCCACCCCCGGAUUGGCAGCCCCCGUUUGCAGUAGACGUCGAAAACUUCAAGUUUACACCAAGGGUACAACGUCUCAAUGAACUCGAGGCAACAACAAGAAUAAAACUAAAUUUUUUGGAUCAAAUUGCUAAGUUCUGGGACCUCCAGGGCUCGAAGUUAAAGAUACCAAACAUUGAGAAGAAAGCUCUCGACCUUUACAAUCUCUACAAGUUUGUUCACGAUGAAGGCGGCAUGGAACACGUCUCUCGGGAGAAGAAGUGGACGAAAGUGGCAUCCCGCAUGGGGUACGCACCCAUGCGCAUCAUCGGGUCCCUCCUGAAGCAGAACUACGAGCGGAUUUUGUACCCGUACGACGUGUUCCAGAGUGGAGCCAGCAUAGGUGAAGUGAAUCUGAGCGAGGAUUCAGAGGACAGCGACAAGAAGGACAAGGACUACGUUCCUCAUGGCAUUCCUUCCAGGCAGGCCAUCAAGCCUCCGCCCGAGCGCUCCGCCCGUCGCUCCAAGCGCCACGGGAAGGAAGCAGAGGAUUCUGAUGAUGUAGAUUACUCCACAAAUAAUGAGUUGAGGAAGCUCCAGUUCUACGGGGCGGGACCCAAGAUGCCUGGCUACUGUCCUCGAGAUGACAUGCAGUGCUCUCCCACCAAGUAUUGCUACAAGUACUGCGGAAAUGACGGCGACAUGUCCCCCUGUGCUGCCAUCAAGGAAGAACCGCAAGAGGUGAAACAGGAGCACAAACCAAAGCCUAUUGAACAAAUCGUGUGUCACACGUGUGGCCGGGGGGACGACGAAGAGAGCAUGUUGCUGUGUGACGGCUGCGACGACAGCUACCACACAUUCUGUCUCAUUCCUCCCUUGCCCGAGAUUCCGCGCGGAGACUGGCGCUGUCCUCGUUGCGUGGCUGCGGAGGUGCGGAAGCCCCAGGAAGCGUUCGGUUUUGAGCAGGCAGUGCGAGAAUACUCCCUACAAGACUUCGGAGAAAUGGCCGACCGAUUCAAGUCCAAUUACUUCAACAUGCCCGUCCAUAUGAUCUCAACGGAGACGGUGGAGAAGGAGUUCUGGAGAAUCGUGUCGGCGGUCGACGAAGAUGUGACGGUCGAAUACGGCGCAGACCUGCACUCAAUGGAACACGGCUCGGGGUUCCCGACCAAGAACAGCAGCGACUAUUUACCCAGUGACGAGGAAUACAUGACAUCCGGAUGGAACCUCAACAAUCUCCCAGUCGUGGACGGUUCGGUCCUACGGCACAUCAAUGCUGACAUCUCGGGAAUGAAGAUCCCGUGGAUGUAUGUUGGCAUGUGCUUUGCUACGUUCUGCUGGCACAAUGAAGACCACUGGAGUUACUCCAUCAAUUACCUGCAUUGGGGCGAACCAAAAACGUGGUACGGCGUCCCUGGAGGCAAGGCGGAGGUCUUUGAGGCGGCCAUGCGAAGUGCCGCUCCUGAACUGUUUCACGCUCAGCCAGACCUACUGCAUCAGCUGGUGACAAUCAUGAAUCCUAAUCUCCUCCAAGCAGCAGGUGUUCCUAUUUAUCGCACCGAUCAGAGCGCCGGAGAGUUUGUGGUGACGUUCCCUCGAUCGUACCACGCGGGUUUCAACCAGGGUUACAACUUCGCAGAGGCUGUGAACUUUGCUCCCGCUGACUGGCUUCCCAUUGGCCGGGUGUGUGUGUCGCACUACAGCAUGCUGCACCGCUUCUGCGUCUUCUCUCACGAUGAGCUGGUGUGCAAGAUGGCGGCUGACCCAGACCGGCUGGACAUCAGCAUCGCUGCGUCCACUUACCAGGACAUGCUGAAGAUGGUGGAGACCGAGAGGCAGCAGAGGAGAGAACUUCUGGAAUGGGGAAUCACGGAAGCUGAACGAGAAGCAUUUGAACUUCUUCCUGAUGACGAGCGGCAGUGUGACCACUGCAAGACGACUUGUUUUCUGUCUGCCGUCACCUGCUCUUGCAACAACAGUAAGCUCGUCUGCAUCCCACAUCGAGCACAUCUCUGCAGCUGCGAUCCGAGCAAGCAUUGCUUGAGGUAUCGUUAUACCUUGGAUGAGCUUCCAGUCAUGCUUCAUCGUUUGAAGGUGCGGGCAGAAUCAUUUGACAACUGGGCGAUCAAGGUCAAGGCUGCCCUAGAAGCCACAGAAGAUGAGAAGCUGGAACUGGAGGAGCUGAAGGAACUUGUUCAAGAAGCUGAGGAAAAGAAGUUCCCUCCUACCGAGCUGUUACAGUCGCUCACCGUUGCUGUGCAAGAGUCUGAGAAAACGUCCAAUGUUGCGCAGCAGUUACUGAGCAAGAAAAUGAGAACAAGGAAUCGACAGUCCGCAGACACGAAACACACGUCUCGACUAACGCUGGAAGAGCUUCAGCUGUUCUACGAGCAGCUGUGCAAACUCCCUUGCGUCAUCCGAGAGUCCAUCCUGAUCAAAGACUUGGUGGACCGAGUGAAGGAGUUCCAGACCAGUGCCCUGGAGAUACUUGCUGAAGAGGUACCGGGAGAGCCCAAGCGACUGGAGAAGCUACUGGAGUCUGGCUCCGCGCUGGACAUGGACCUGGCCGAAAUUCCGCAGCUCAAGCAGAAGCUGCAGCAGGCGCAAUGGCUGGAAGAAGUGCGCGUUGCACUUCUGGAACCUUCCGAGGUGACCCUAGAAGUCCUGAGAAAGCUUUUGGAAACUGGAGUGACGCUUCCGCCACAUCCCGUGGCGGAGCGUGCGAUGGCGGAGCUUCAGGAGCUGCUCACCUCGGGAGAACGGUGGGAAGAAAAGGCGAAGACGUGCCUUCAGGCAAAGCCACGACACUCGCUUGAAUCGCUCGAGGCCAUUAUUCAGGAGGCUAGCGAGAUCCCGGUCUUUCUCCCCAACUUAGCAGCCCUUAAAGAGGCUGUGAGAAAAGCGAAGGAGUGGUCAGCGAGGGCAGAGGACGUUCAGAAUUGCGAGAACUACCCGUAUCUGGACAGUCUGGAGGCCCUGGUGGCCAGAGGUCGGCCGAUUCCCAUCCGAUUGGACCAGCUGCCCCAGGUGGAGUCCCAGGUGGCCUCUGCCCUCGCCUGGCAGGAGCGUACAGCACGCACUUUCCUGAAGAAGAAUUCUCCUUACACCUUGUUGGAGGUGUUGUCUCCACGUAAGGACGUCGGUCUGUACCAGGUGACCGCCAGGGGGCGUAAGAAGCGGCUGAAGGACGCAGAGAAAGGGGAGCUCGAGGUCAAGAUGGAAGAGCCCGUCAACGCGGCAUCCAUCGUGGCAGCUUUCAAGGAGUCUGGUGCCCAGGAGUUGGAGAGCAUGCGGCAGCUACGUCUGCACAACCUACGCAAGCGCAUGGAAGACACGGGCUCGACUCGCUACUGCUCGUGCCGCCGUUCCUUUGCUGGCCACAUGUUGCAGUGCGAGCUUUGCAAGGACUGGUUUCACGCGAGCUGCGUGCCACUGCCAAGGGCCUGGGGCCCACGCAAGUCAACGGCUCAAGCCCCGGCGGGUUCUGGGGCCUUGUCCCCUAAGGACUGCAAGUUCCUGUGCCCCGGCUGCCUGCGGUCACGGCGACCCCGCCUGGAGACCAUUUUAUCUUUGCUGGUGUCCCUGCAGAAGCUUCCUGUCCGCAUGCUGGAAGGAGAGGCCCUGCAGUGCCUCACCGAGCGUGCCAUGUCCUGGCAGGACCGUGCGAGACAAGCCCUUGCCACGGACGAACUAGCUGCAGCGCUGGCCAAGCUCUCUGUGCUGUCGCAGAAACUGGUGGAACAGGCAGCGAGAGAAAAAACUGAAAAAAUAAUCAGCGCGGAGCUCCUGCGGGCCGCCAGCAAGCCCGAGUUGCAGCCUCAUCUGCAGAGCGUGGCGCAGUCGGCAUUUAGCGGCCUGCGACAGAACCAAGAACAAAGCGAUACAGAGACUACGGGCAGCAUGCCAGAAGAUAACAUCCCAAGUGUGGCUGCUGAGCAAGAGAUCUCACUGUCGGGAGACACGACGGGUGAGAGUGACUUUGCGAGGUUCUCCGAGGAGGACAGCAAGAGUGCCUGCGACAUCUACAACAGCCUGGAGCACGCGUAUUCUACCGCAUCCAAGGGCAAUACUACGAGUCCGGCACCACGCAAGCAUGCCCGCAAGUCUCCCCUGGUGCCGCGGCAGACGGAGUCCCCCGUCCUGGAGCUCUCCAGUCUGGCCAAGAGUCAGUUGGAAGAGCUCAUGAUGGAAGGGGACCUGCUGGAGGUGUCUCUGGAUGAGACCCAACACAUCUGGCGUAUCCUCCAGGCUACCAAGCCCCCGCGGGACCCCCUCUCGCCCUUCGAAGCAUUCCCAGAGUUUGAGGACUAUACGGAGAUAGGAAAGAGACCCGAGAAGAGAAUCAAGAAGCGCAAGUCAGAUCCGGCCGAAUCUGCCAAGCAGUUGAAACCAAAGCCCCGAAUGGCAUCCAAGAAGCCCCACCAGACAGAUGAGGAAGGAACAGCCGAGACUAAAACAGCUCCCCCAAAGAGGCAAUCCAAGGAGGGUCGUAAGGAACGGCCUCUCAAGAGGCCCAAGAAAGAAGACUCUGCUGAAAGUGCGAAGAAGAAGAAGGUUGCAGAAGGAGUCGCCCAAGAUGCUGCGGAGGAGGGCGCCGCCGUUCACGAUGAUGCCGUGGAUGACCUCUGCUCGGCUCCCAACUGUCUCCGGCCACAGGGCGAGGCUGUGAAUUGGGUCCAGUGCGACGGCGGAUGCGAGCAGUGGUUCCACCUCCUGUGCGUGGGGCUCAGCAUGAACGACGUCAAGGACAGUGACGACUAUUACUGUCCACAGUGUCGAGGGGACGGGGGAGCACCUCGGAACCCCACCGACGAUAACCCCCCCUCCGUGCCCCUCGAAGAGGAGGAAGUGUUCGAUGACUCCGUUCCCCUCGAUGAACAGACUGAGCUCUCGGACUCCAAGAUGCACUUCAUUGAGGCAGCCGUGUGAUCGCCACGAAUUUUGCCGUCGAGUCUGAGGCUCUUCCGCGGAGACGGGGGUAAAAAAAAAAAAAAGAACGUUGCGCGGUGAGGCUGCGGAGAAAGCUGCGGGACACUUUUCUAGUGAACAAGUGAUGUAUCAAAAGUUUUAACCUUUCUCGUCCUCCCAGUUUUCACCCGAGACUUGCGUCAGACACGAUUCGAGUGGACAGUACCGAGACUGGGGCAGUGACGCUCGUGCGUGGUACAGUAUUUAAAGCCCGCUCCACGUGACCUUGUUUAUUGUGAUUCUCUCUCUCUGCUGCUGUUGUCAUGUUCUUUUUGUAGCGCAUUUUUCCUCUAAUGUACAGCCAUGGUUCAUAACAAAGAUCGCGUACUGUAAAACUUCUUUGUUACACGAAAGAUAAACGUCAUAAUUUAGUUCUUCCCGUCCCGUGCUUUGAGGUUUCCUCUCGAAAUGUUAGCAGCUCCUCAUUUCCAUGCGUCCCCGUUCUUGCUUUCCGCACCCCAUCUUAUUCUCAUCUACAUUACGAGAGCGUCCUGCGGAGGCAUGCGUUUUCGGAUGAAACGUUUCCUGCAGUUCCUGCUAGUGUUGUUGCUUCCUUCCCUACUUUACUUUCAUUAGGAAUGUGGUUUUGCAGUGUUUGCAUUCGCUCCAUGCCCAUUCUUUCUUCUUUUUUUUUUCUCCACACCCAGUCUUAUUAUCCUUGCGUUAAAGGCCUUAGUAGUAGGCCUUAGAACUAAAGGCCUUGCCUGUAGUUCUUCGUAUUUCUCUCCACUAUGGAUUAACGCCAGAUUCCGUUCCCCCUUCCUUCCUUUUUUCCGCUCCCGCUUUUGUUUUCCGAACCCGCACUAAGGACCCAGUGUUGUGUACACGCCACGAUAACCCAGUCCGUUGCCUUCCCCAGAUGAGCGAUGGCGUCCUAUCGUGCCGCUUGUAAUCUUUGUUAACGCUUGUAUAUUGGCACGUGGUGGACUCCUAUCUCAGUCAGAGGGACAAUCUAAUGCAGUGACCCGGAGGGAAGGUGCGGUCGUGCGUUUAAAAGAAGUAAUCUCGUCUUAUCUGCACGUCUCCGGAUGUGUCUCCCCCUUCCCAGCAGUUUAGGCAAACAAAACUUUGAAGAAAAAAAGCUUACGAAUACGAUUAUUAUGAAGAGAGAGGAAAAUAAAGACGGCUAUUUAAAUUAUUUUCGGGAGUAAUAUCGACACGGUAUUUCUUGUCACUUGCUAGACACGGGUUGUGUGACACAGUGUUGACAGUGUAUUUAAAAAAAAAAAAGACAGAGUAGCACUGCAUUCCUCCAGAACAAAAUUCUUUUGUCACUGUGUGAUAUGUGUUAAUUUUCUUGUCGCCUCUGUCUACACUCUGUUCUCAUUGUAUUUGUCACAGAUAACCGUUAUUAUUAUCACUAAUAGUCACUUCAUUAUCAUGUGUAUUGCACUGCAAAUAUGUUGGGUACGUUGAAUUUAUUUUUCCCCGUUUUGGAUUAACAUGGUUGGUUGUUCCUCAGUAUUUAUUUCGAUGCUUUUCUGAAACCUUUUUUUUUUUUUUUUCGUUUGUGGUGGUGCUCAUGUCAAAGAUCAGGUGAUUGAAGCGUGCCUUACUUGACAAGUAUAGCGUGCACAUGCACUUCUCACAGGUACAGGAAGCAUGAUGGUUGAGAAAACCAUUGUGAAUAUGAAAGCUCCAGGUAAACAACAAUAUAAACAAUGAAUAAACAAGUGCACUCUUAUCAACCGGGAGAGAAGGGGUUAACUGCUCAAGUACAUUUAAUAUGCACAAAAAUUACUCGUCUUUGCUUAUCUUGGCAUUAUUUGCAUGGGGGUGGCUUAUCUGGGUAUUUGCACUCUGAUGGUGCAAUGCAUGAACUACUGUAGUUCUUGGACAUUUAGGGAGCACAACGCUUGUCCAAGACCAUCUGCAGCUUUUCUAUUUACACUGUUUCACCUAUCUGCCACACUUGUGAGUAUAUGUGCAUGUGCGUGUGAUAUCUAUUAUGUAACGUGUGCACAUAAGCGGUCUGAUAUUUCACAUGCACCACGCUGGAGUUCUGUAAAAAAGGCGUCACAAGAUGAGUUAUGUUUGUCCUGGAGCAAAGAAAUUCACUUCAUGCAUCGAUUCUUUAUUUAAGUUUGUCAUUACAAAUGGAGCAAUCAAAUUGACGCCAGUAACUGUUACUUCUGAUCUGUGUUUUACCACAAGUGUUUGGCGUCCGAAGGGUUGCACCCAGUAGUGAAAGUCUUUGCCAAGCGGAACUGUAAAUACAUGUCCUGUCAGUGCAGAUAUAUCAGUUAGUGAUGUACAAGUUUUGUGUCUGUGUAAGAGAUUCAUCUAUUGUAAGAAACGUCAAAAAUACAUUUUAUUGAGAAUUA